AGAUGCUUAGUUUGAUGGACAGUCUUUCCAGAUGUGGUCCUAACUGUUUGUACCUCUCCUGGGUCUGUAGUUGAGCUGUGAUUUUCUUGCUCUGCAAGUGCAAUAUAGAGUGAAGACUUCCCUCCAUUGUCUCCAUUCUUUAGACAGACAACUUGGAAAUCCUGUGGAUCGUGGAGUGCUUACUGGAUGCCAUAUAUACACAUUAAUGAGGGAUCAGAGCAUGAGUGGAAUAUCUCCUUUAUUGAAGAAGGAACUUCCAAUCAGGCAUUUUGCUGCACUGAAAGCUGCCAAAAAAGUACAGAAUGAUCCGAAGAAAGAAAACCUCAACCCUAAAAUCGAGAAAAAGACCAAUUCAAACAGGCAUAAAGCACGUGGCUUAACAGCCAUGGAACCGAUUGAUGAUGUCUAUCAGGUCCAGUAUUAUCCAAAGCCAGUGUUUGACAUUGAGACAGCAAUUGACUCUCUGAAGAAGUUUCAGCAGUUAGAUUUUACAUACCCAAAACAGCCUGUUUACAUUGAUUUGCAGCUUGACAUGAAACUGGAAAAGAAGAAAAAAGUGGAUCCAUUUGUCAGAGUUGUACAGUUGCCGUAUUCUUUUAUGACAAAGCCCAACAGUGUGGUUGUGUUCACAGAGAAUCCAGAAGAAGUUACUGUUGCUCAGCAGCAUGGAGCAGAUGUUGUGGGUGGAAUGGAGCUUGUACAAAAAAUCUUGGAUGAAGAAGUUCAAGGGGAUUUCUAUGUCUCUGCUCCUGACAUGGUAUCCAAACUGGUGCCUCUAAAAAACAAGCUAAGGAAGAAGUUUCCUAAAAGCAAACGGGGUUCCGUUGGGCACAAUAUUCCUGAGAUGAUAAAAGUAUUUAAAACUGGCCAUGAAUACCAGGUGGAACGUGAUUGUUAUGUUCUUUCUAAAGUAGGAACGCUGGAUAUGCCAAAGGAGCACAUUGCAGCUAAUGUUGCUACAAUCAUCAAGGAUGUUUGCACCCAAAGACCAGUGAGUUUUGGUCCAUUUGUUAAAAGAGCCAUUAUUUGCAGUGCAACCAGUGAGUCUUUGUUGUUUAAAGCAGAGCCGUUCUUUCCUCAAUUAACAGAAGACAAUGAAGAAGAGAAUAAAUAACAAUGGUUAAUUAUUGACUUUAUGUACAGACUACCUACUGUUGCUUUGCCUCCAUAUGGCACAUUGUGAUGCAAUAAACCUUUAUACAUGUAUGUUGAGUAUAUCAGCACUGC